AACGGGUCACACUUUCCGCUGUAACACCUGCUCCAACCGACGGAGGACGUAAACACUCGGAAGUGUGAGGGGUGUUUCCAGCUGAUCUGCACAACAGAAGGACCAGAGUCUCCCUCAGCAGCCCGACAUACCUGCUCCUUUCUCCGGCACCUCAGCAGAGCAGACCGGUCCCUGCUGCAAGUGUGCACCGCAACAUCAUACGGAUCUUACUCGGGUUAAUCUGAGGACGAACCGGGGGGAUCCUCGGUGUCCCCCACCCCUGUCUCCCUCCUUCCCUGCUCCUCUGCUUCUCUCUUAGCCGUGUGUUAGCUACCGUGAACCGGUGCCGUCGGUAGCAGUUAGCCCGGACUGUCAUGAUCCCAGCGCGGAGAUGGCGUCCUUCCCCGGUUUGUGUAAGGCUGUCGGGCCAGCGGAGGAGGAGAACGGAGAGCUGGACGGCUCUCUGCAGCAGAUGCUGAAGGCCAUCGCCGACGAGAGGAACCGACUCAACAUCCGACAGGAGAUCAGCGGACUCGGUUGUUUUAAGGAUGACCGCAUUGUGUUUUGGACCUGGAUGUUCUCCACGUACUUCAUGGAGAAGUUUGCUCCUCGACAGGACGACAUGCUGUUCUACGUCCGCAGGAAGCUCGCCUACGUCAGCGCCGACAACACCGAGGGCAAAAAGGUGGAGGUGGAGGUUUAUAGGAGAGACUCCAAGAAGCUGCCGGGCCUCGGUGACCCUGACAUUGACUGGGAAGAGAGCGUCUACCUGAACCUCAUCCUGCAGAAGUUGGAUUACGUGGUGACGUGUGCUGUGUGCACGCGCUCAGACGCAGGAGAUAUCCACAUCCACAAGAAGAAGUGUCAGGAAGUAUUUGCAUCUCCCAGCAAACACGCCAUGGACAGCAAAGGAGAGGAGUCCAAGAUGAGCUACCCGAACAUCUUCUUCAUGAUCGAUAACUUUGAGGAGGUGUUCAGUGACAUGACGGUGGGCGAGGGCGAGAUGGUGUGUGUGGAACUGGUGGCGAGCGACAAGAGCAACACCUUCCAGGGCGUCAUCUUCCAGGGCUCCAUCCGCUACGAGGCCCUGAAGAAGGUCUACGACAACCGGGUGAGCGUUGCUGCUAAGAUGGCCCAGCGGAUGUCUUUCGGCUUCUACAAGUACAACAACAUGGAGUUUGUGCGGAUGAAGGGUCCGCAGGGCAAAGGUCACGCUGAGAUGGCUGUCAGCCGGGUGCCGACCGGUGACACCUCCCCAUGCGGCACCGAAGAGGACCAGGUGUCGCCCAUGCACGAGAGGGUGACGUCCUUCAGCACACCUCCGACCCCAGAGAGGAACCGUCCCUCCUUCUUCUCUCCGUCUCUGAGACGCAAAGUGCCCCGAAACCGAAUCGCAGAGAUGAAGAAGUCUCACUCCGCCAACGACAGCGAGGAGUUCUUCAGGGAGGAGGAAGACGAAGAUCUUCACACCACUUCCAACCUGCGCUCUCGCUCUCUGUCGGGGACCGGUCGCUCUCUGGUCGGCUCCUGGCUCAAACUCAACCGGACUGAAGACUACUUCCUGCUCUACUCACACCUGACCUACGUCACCCUGCCGCUGCACCGCAUCACCACAGACAUCCUGGAGGUGAGGCAGAAGCCCAUCCUGAUGACAUAGCAGGGCUGGACUCCCUCAGAGCAUCACUACCAAGUGCCUCCUGCAUCAGGCCACUGAGACCACAGCAGCGCCCCCCGGUGUCCAGACCGAGACCAACAACCAAACACCUGCUUCACCCGGAGAGACCAGUCAGAGGAGACCACGACAAACCAGCCAUUCAGGAAGUGCCUCUUCUUCUUUUUAGUUCCUGCUGUGUCCGAGGUCGUCUCCACGGAAACGGGCCCGGCGUCGGGAUAUCACAUGACCUCAGUGUGAAGAGGCAUUGGCUGAACUCUGACCAGAAAGUGAAGAAUGUGUGUUUUCUUGUAAAUAUCCUGCUGCUUUACUCACUGAGACACCUCGACUUAAAGGUUCUGCUUUUAACGACACGUUCUGUUUCUGUUCCACCGUCGUGGUUUUCUUUUUGUUUUUAAUAUUAUCUACGACGACAGGAGGUGAGAGGGACUAAAGUGUUUGUGUCUGAGAGGAAACUAGAAGAGUGGACGGCUUCAGCCCUGUAACCAGACGUAGUGUCGGCUCUGUUUGAGGUCACAGCGGGGUCAAAUCAUUGCUUCAUUUAUUAAGACAGGUCAAAAUAUAAAAAACAAAUGAUCAUCACAGCUUCGACUUCAUGUCGAUUAAAUGUUCUGAAUGUGUUCAACGAGAAGAAGCACACCUGAGAACCUGUUACCAGCAAAUAUUUAACUUGUAAUGAUUAUUUAAAUGUUUCAUAGUUUUCAUUUGCUCAGCUUAAUUAAUAGUUAAAUAGGUAAAUCAGUCAAUCAUUAACUGGAUUUAAUCGCCCCUCCAACACGUUAAAGUUCACAGUAACAAUAAGCAGAAUACGAUGUGAUUAUAAUUACUUAAAUAAAGAAAAUAAAUCAAAUUAAAACUUCGUUAUUCACUGGAAAAAUGACCUGAUUGAUGAUAAACUAAAAUAACUCACAGUAUCAGAAUAAAAUCAUAAUUUUUUAAAGUAAAUUUAUUCUUAUAAUCAAACUUAUUUUUCGUAGAAAACUGUGACUUUACUCCAGAGAGUUAUUCAGAGUUUUUUAAUCAUUAAAUUACAACCAAUUUCCCUCCAAAUUUUCCAGUUCAUCUUCGUCUUAAACGAUAAAUUGAUGAUUUCCUGUCACUCAGCGAACUGAUAAACAGGGUUCCUGCACAUUUAGCAUUUCAGAGUUCAAAUUUACAGACUUUGAUUCGGCAUUCGAUUUUUAAACCAUAUUUGUCAGAAAAAUAAAUGUUCCCCUAAUAUAUUUUACAAACGCCAUGAAAAACACUCUGCUUGUGUCAUCAGUUUAUUUUUAGAAAUUCUGAAUUUCAGAUUUUAGAAAACAGAGUUGGGGCAGUAGUCUGGAAACACAAAGAUUUUUCCAGACUCUUUUCACUUUUCCGAACGUAUUCAGACCUGGAAGGUCACUUACUAAAAUCAAAUCCCAUACUGUGAAGGAACCCUGGAUGAAUCAGCUGAUUGCAUCGUCCUGACUGGGUGUUAAAUUUGACUAAAACACGACCCGUCUGUCACAUCUGUCGCUGUGAACUCGACUUUAUAACCUCCCCGAAGACCACCAGCAACAGUUCGCUGCCGUAUACAACAAUUAACUGUAAUAAAAUUAUAAAUAUAAUUAAUAAAAUCUAAAAAUCUUAUAUUUAAAAUGACUUAAUACAUUGAUUAUUAAAAAGUUCCCUGUCUUUUGCUUUGCUAACUAAUCAGAUAAUAAUUUCAGUGUGUGAUGUCAUUAUUCCUAAUAGUCUGUAAAUCAGAUCUUUGACCUCACCACAGUUUCAAACUUGUACAGCAACAAAUUAUUAUUACUGUUAUUACGCAAAGUGCAAAUAUAAAAAUAUGAGAUGUCAUAGAGAAAAAAUAAAGGUGCGCAGACAGUUUCCUAAUUUGAUUUAACAACACGUUUGGGAUCAGUGAGACGCUCCAGAAAUGAUUUUACAGUGAAACAGUGUAUAAUAUUCGUACGCAUGGAUCUCAAAGACGACACAACCUGAAGUAGCUGCACAUACUGGCAUUUCAGCCCAAAGUCAAACUGAUUAAAGGAAUAAUCCACUCCCCAAAUGAUUGUAUGAAUAUCAGUAACUCUCCCUGUGUUACGCUGAAUUCACAAAGAAAAUUUUCUUUUUCUCUCAUGCCUCCAUGGUGAACGAAGAAUCCAAAAACAGAGAAAAUUCUUGAUGAAUUGAAGCCAUAGGGGUCCACGUUAAACAACAGCAGAACUACAUCAAAACAUCCAUUUACAAACUCUAACACAACUUGUGAGUUGUAACCCAAGUCUCAUUUAUCCAGUCGUAUGAUCAGUACUUCCAAACACAUGCAUUUCCAUUUAAACCUCACUAUUUAACCCUUUGACACCUGAGCAAAUUGGCUUGAUUUCUUUCAAACACGUGGCAAGACGGCCAUGAGCAAUGAAGGAAGAAAUGACCCAAAGAAUUUGCAAGAAAUUAGUAAAAAGAGAAAAUUGAAAACAAGAAAAUGAGCCUUAAAAAAUUUAUAUUUGUUUUAUAAUUUUAAAUAUGUAAUAAUUACAACAAAA